AUGACCUCACCGCCGCCGCCAUCAACAUCUUCAGUAUCAUCCGAAUCGUUGUCUUCAGUAACACCAAGAAUAUCAACUAAUCCCUUUUUGUGUAACAAUUUGACAAACGGUGAUACAUUGAGUACAUCAACAGCUGCUACGCACAAAUUUGAAGAGCCUGGCAACAAUAUUGUGAGCAACGAGAACGAUAACGACGACGAAGAAGAAUUGCCUGUACCGACAUAUACGAGCUUCUACUAUCAUACAAGUAAUUUAGCUAACGAACUACGAGGGCAACGUGAAGACAGACGCACUUACGAAAUGCCACGUAAACGUACAAACUACAACAAUCAUCAUCAUGCUCAUCAUACAAACUCACAGCAGCAGCAGCAACAACAACAACACCAGCAGCAGCAAUCACCACAACAAUAUACGCAUUUGUCACAAACACAAUUGAUUGGGACUGUCAAUCACCAACAACACCAACAACUCAACGGCAGUUCAAAUCAAAAUCCUUUUAUUAAAGAUAAUUAUUGGGAGACACGGCACAAUAUAACAGCUAGCAAUGUACUCAAUUCACCGACCGACUAUAGUGGCAACGAAAUUGAAAUACCGGCAACAGCACAACCGUCAACAACAAGACGUGCAUACCAUCAACAAACAUAUAAUGGCAAUAAUAAUGGCAGCAAUUAUAUGUCACGUCAACAACAAGAGCACCAACACCAACAACAACAACAUCAUAUACGCGUUGGUCGUAGUCCUGUGAAUCACAGCCAAUAUCAUCAACAACAACAACAACAGCAGCAACAAACUGAAACAAGUAAACGUUCAAAUGACCAUCAUUUGCUAAGCCAACAACAAACGCAAACACAAACAGUGCCAGGUGGCAUCGAAGGAGUAACACAGCUCGUUAAUCAGUAUUUGUAUGGCAGCAAAAGCAAGGACCAGCAGCACCAACAACAGCCUCAACAAAAACAUCAACAGCAGCAAAUGCAGCAGCAACAACAGCCAGUGGAUGUACAACAGCAACAACAUGUCGGUGUCAAUAUAUGGGAGAAACGCGAAAAAUUAGAGCGUGAAAGUCGGGAACGUGAUAGAGAACAGCGUGAACAACGCAAAGUAUACGUGGAUAAAGAAAGGGAAUGGGAAAGGGAAAGAGAAAGGGAAAGAGAUAGAGACAGAGACCGAGAUAGGGAACGUGAAAAAGAUUGGGAUAGAGACCAGGAAAGGGAUAGAGAUAGAGAGAGAGAGCAUAUACGAAAUGAGCCUGAUAAUGUGCAUGAUAUACGUAAUGUAACACAACAGCAUCAACACUAUCAACAAAAACAGCAACAACAACACCAUCAACAACAGCAACAACAGCUGCAGCAGCAACAGCAGCAGCAGCAACACCAUCAACAAAAGCAGCGCAAUAAUGUUGAAGGCCGUUUAUCGUUGAUUGCCAACAAUGAAGUUGCCGUCUUCGAUGAAAUCACAGAAAGUUGGAAAAAUUUGAGAGUAACAACCGACCCGAGUGCCACUAGAAAUACUCCAGCUACAACAGCAACUGUAACAGUUGCAGCAACUGUUGCCGCCACAACACCCACAGCACAGCAAGCAUCCUUGACACUGGCUGAUAUUAAAGAUGCAAAACCUGAAGUCAACAGUUAUGAGAAUGAAACUGCAGUAUUGUACAAGGAUCAUAAAAGAUACUUAGACCGCAACUAUGCAACAAUAACUGCAGAGACGCGUCAUGGUAUUAUAGAGUAUGAAGGUUCACCACGUCGCAUUGGACAAGUUUCAGCUGGCAAUGCCAACGAAGAUGAGCACAUACAAGCAAACAAAGAUACAACAGCACAAAAGUCAAAGGCUGCAUCGUAUUAUGUGUCUACAUCUGUUAACUCAAACUCACCGCAACAGUAUCCGGCUAGACCAGGUUUUCCGCAACGCAUAAUUUCACCACCGCGUGAAACGUCUCCGCCAAUAAUGAUGCUUCAAUAUAACAGCAACAAUGUGAACAACAUCAACAACGGGAAACAGUUACUACAACAACACCAGCAGCCACAACUGCAAAAUAAUUCCCAAUCGCUGCCACAACAACAAUCUCCAACUGAUAACAAUGCCGAGGAUACCAGUAAUGACGUUUCUGAAAUUGGCACAAUUUCCGAUCUGACCACACCGGAUGGUGUAUCUGCUGCUAUAAUUGCAGCAACAUCGACAAAUGUUGAGUUAACAGCAACGGCGCCAGUAACAGCAAUAGCAGCACCAACAGCGGCAGCAGCAACAACAACAACAGCAACAAGCACCAGUAUAUUAAGCAUACCUACAAAGUCAUCAACCUUUGAUUACCUUUAUGAGUUCUCCGAGACACGAAAGGUGCUUGAAGAAUUUUUCAAGUGUCCAUCGAACGAUGAAAAACCAAUUGAAAAUGGCAGCGAUAUUGACAGCAUUGAUAUUCAGUAUGAGUUUCACAGCAACUUGGAUUGUGAUGAUGAGGACGAACAUGAAGAGGAAGAAGACGAAGUUGACGAUAUUGAAAAUGAGGAUUUGCGACAAAAUUUACAACGGCAAGAACAACAAAAACGACAGGACUUGCAAAUACAAAAUAAUCACAAUCAACACCAGCAGCAAUAUCAACAACAACAACAACAACACCUACAGCAACAGCAACAGCAAUCGGAACAUAUAUCAACACAAUCUGAAUACUCACAAUAUUCACAACAGAAUCACAACAACUCAUGUGCUAUGAACAAUCAUCGCCGUCAUUUCACUGGUAGUCCGCUGAUGCGUGAUUUUGAUUUCUUUUUGGAUUCGGCCAGCCGCAGCAGUGGUGAACAGAUUGACCAACAAGAUGGCAUCAAUCACAAUCAAUUGGAUAACAGACACAAUAACUAUCGUUAUUCUCCUGAAACAACUGAUUACGAUUCCAACUGUGGUGACUUGGAUAGUCUUUCGGGUGAAAUGAAUGGAGUUUCCACUUCCUGCUCUAAUUAUGCUAAAUAUUACGCUUCUAGUAUGCCCGUUCUAGAAGAUGGUCUUUCAUCUGGUCACACUUCGGAUACUGAGAAUAAUAAUAAUAUUAAUAAUUUGCAACAACCGCAACAGAAUUCAGCCAUACAUCAUACACCAAUCGGUGGUGGCAUUUCCAUGUUAAUGGAUAUGAAACGAAUAUCCACAAAUAACAGCAUUAAUAGCAUGAACAAUAUGAUGUCAACUACUACUGACAGUAGCGAAAAACGUAGCGCAUUAUCUCCAAGCAUAAUACAUGAUAAUUUUAUACAUAAAAAUGAUAGCCCAGUUAAUGGUAUACAUGAAGAUUCUGGUCGGGAAUCUGUUCGAUCCAGACGUGAUAAUCGAGAUUUGCGCGAACCACAUGAUCGUGAAAUACUUGGACAAAGUCCAACUAAAAAUAAUAAUUGCAACAAAGUUUUUAAGAACAUUGAUCCCGAGCUGGAUUCACUAUAUUCCAUAAGUGUAUUUCAUCGUCCUGAUAUGGUACAAAUGACGCCACCACCACCAGCACCUGCACCUCAUCGCAAGCCUAAUAUUAUUAAUGGAGAACAGGACAUCCUACAACCAACACCAUACAAAGAAUUAUGUUCUGGAACAAAUGCGACAUCUCCAACAGCUAAACCUGUUACAUCUGUGGCAACAGUCAUUAGCUCAAACAUAAAUCGCUGUAAAGCUACACAAAGCACUGCAGCAACUACUCAACAAACUAUUUCGACAAGUCGUAGCAUACACGCUCAACCGCCUCCAAUACCAGAGCGUAACUUGCAGCGUUCACCUUCACCUGUGAUGAAUUCUCCAGUCUGGCUGGCACGUCAUUUAGACAAUAGUGCCAAUAAAAGUUUAUUAGAAUCAUCUUCAGAGAAUCAUUCCAAAAAUUUAAGCGCUGAUGAAGAUGAUGUAGAUACCGACUUAGAAACAGAUCGUCUGUUAGGCCAUCAGCGACUUGACGAUCAGGGCUACUACGAUGAAAAUAAGUCUUGGGAGCGUAAACCACGCUCAUUAUUAUCAAAAAUCUCACCAAAACAACAAAUACCAAGCACAAAAACACGUAAUGGCUAUAAUGCAUUACUCUCAUCCACACCGGAAAUCCCACCGCCCAUUCCACCGAAAAACUCAUCAAAUAAAUUACUUGAUAUUGGCGGCUCUAUGUCAUCAUCUGAACAUAUCGAUAAAUCGCCUAUGAAGUCAAUUGAUGUACAAGACUGUGUUGUAACUAUGGGCAGUCCAGUUGGUUCGGAUGGUUCUGCUUGUAUGAGUGGUAGCUCUAAGAAGGACGUCGAUUUCGUUGGUAAUACGAAUGGUAGUCAAAAUUGUAAUACCAGCGUAACUAGCAACAAUGUGAGUUCGAAUAAUACGAGCGGCGAGAAGAAAGUCAAAAAGAGUAAGAACAAAGAAGGUGGCGCAGUGCUCAUUGAAGGUGUGCUUUUCCGUGCGAAAUAUUUGGGUUCUACGCAAUUGGUAUGUGAAGGACAACCUACUAAAUCCACACGCAUGAUGCAAGCCGAAGAAGCUGUCUCCAGAAUUAAAUCAAAGAAUUGGCAAAAAAAACCCGCAGUCAUUUAA